AAACACUUAUUAUUGCCUCUUUAUUAUUCAAUUUCUUGUUGAGCUCAAAACCACCACAACAUGACACACCACCUCCACACUUCCACCAUGGCUUCUUCACCUUAUAUCAUGGGUAUGGGUCACAGAUUCAACAUCUGAAAAAAGUUUGGAUCUUUACAAAGAUUUUGAGCUGAGAAAAAAACAAGUUUAAAAAAUGGGAAGCAAAUGGAGGAAAGCCAAGCUAGCUCUUGGGUUGAAUUCAUGUCUCUAUGUUCCUCAGACCAGAGAGGAACCGUCACCCUCAUCGAAUGACGUUGCCGCAUCUAGAUUCUCCGACGCCGUUUCAUCGUCCUCUCUGCUUUCUCCGAUGGGAGGCAGCUCCGAUUGCCGACCCACCACGCCCACGCCGUCGUCUUCCGGCCUCCGGUUGCCCAAAACUGGAACCAAGUCCUCCAAGAGCACCUGUGCAAUAUGCUUGACGACCAUGAAGACAGGACAGGGGCGUGCCAUUUUCACUGCAGAGUGCUCCCACGCUUUCCACUUCCAUUGUAUUACUUCUAAUGUAAAACAUGGAAACCAAAUUUGUCCAGUUUGCAGAGCAAAGUGGAAAGAAAUCCCCUUACAGAACCCCGCUUCUGACCUUUCAGGCAGUGGUUCUAGAAUUAACCCUGUUGGUUGGCCCCAAGAUGAUGCAUGGAUGACCGUUUUACAACAAAUUCCUCCCCCACGAGUUGAUGCAACCCGACCGGUUUCUUCACUCUUUCACACUCCCGAACCAGUUAUAUUUGACGAUGAUGAAAGCUUAGAUCAGCAACCUGAGAUUUCCAACAAAAGCGCAUCUGUCGAAGAUGCUUAUGAUAACAAUUCUAUUCGAACAAUAGAGGUCAAAACAUAUCCUGAAGUUCCGGCUAUUCAAAGAGCAGCCUCACAUGAUAACUUCACUGUUCUAAUCCACCUGAAGGCUCCUCUUACAAGUGGAAGACAGAAUAGCAGCAGAAACCAGACACCACCAGUAUCUCAAAUUUCUCGUGCUCCAGUAGAUCUUGUGACAGUGCUUGAUAUCAGUGGCAGCAUGGCAGGUACAAAACUUGCUUUGCUGAAACGGGCAAUGGGGUUUGUUGUACAGAACCUUGGUCCAUCUGAUCGGCUGUCUGUAAUUGCCUUCUCAUCUACUGCCCGCCGGCUUUUUCCCCUUCGUCGGAUGACAGAUACUGGGCGACAGCAGGCAUUGCAGGCGGUAAACUCUCUGGUUUCAAGUGGUGGGACAAACAUUGCUGAGGCUCUUAGGAAAGGUACCAAGGUGUUAGUAGAUCGCAAGUGGAAGAACCCAGUUUGCAGUAUCAUACUACUAUCUGAUGGGCAGGAUACAUACACUGUCAGUAGUCCUAGUGGGAUCCAUCCCCGAUCAGAUUACCAAUCACUUAUCCCAAUCUCUAUCCGUCGCAAUAAUGCAGCGGGCUUGAGGAUUCCAGUUCACGCAUUUGGAUUUGGUGCAGACCAUGAUGCUGCCUCGAUGCAUUCAAUCUCGGAAAUUUCUGGUGGAACAUUUUCUUUCAUAGAAGCUGAGAGUGUGAUUCAGGAUGCAUUUGCACAGUGUAUUGGCGGCCUUUUGAGUGUGGUAGUGCAAGAACUAAAGGUUAGAAUUGAGUGUGUUCACACGAGUUUGCAACUUGGAUCAAUAAAAGCAGGAAGUUACAGAACCAGCAUGAUGGUUGAUGCAAGAAUGGGUUCUAUUGAUGUUGGAGACCUGUAUGCUGAAGAAGAAAGGGAUUUUUUGGUGACAAUCAAUAUUCCAGAUGAUGUGUCUGGUAAUGACAUGUCGCUCAUAAAGGUUAGCUAUGCUUACAGAGAUCCCAUUACGAAAGAAAUGGUGAAUUUGGAAGAAGGCAGUGAAGUCACGAUCCAAAGGCCUGAAGUAGUAGGACAACUAAUAGUGUCACUGGAAGUAGACAGGCAGCAGAACAGGCUUCGUGCAGCACAAGCAAUGGCCGAGGCUAGAGUAGCAGCUGAGAACGGUGAUUUGGCUGGUGCAGUCUCUGUCCUGGAGAGCUGUCGUAUGGCAUUGUCUGAAACUGCUUCUGCACGAGCUGGUGACUGUCUGUGUGUCUCACUUUCCGCUGAGUUAAAGGAGAUGCAAGAAAGGAUGGGAAACCGUCGUGCAUAUGAGGAAUCGGGAAGAGCAUACGUUUUAUCAGGAUUGAGCUCACACUCAUGGCAGAGGGCAACUGCUCGAGGUGAUUCCACAGAUAGCACUAGCCUUGUGCUAUCUUACCAAACACCAUCGAUGAUAGACAUGGUGACACGUUCCCAAACCAUGUUGUUAGGGAACCCAUCUCCCCGACGAGCCCUCAGCAGUGCUCAGUCAUUUCCGGCCAAGCCACAGCCACGAUAAUCCUCAAAAGUAGUGUUCGCCUCACCUUACAUAUGUUCUUCGUCAAUGAACCUUUUUGUUUCGUUAUUAAUUUCCUUCGUGGUUCAGGGAGUCGGGGACAUAACUGGGAUACAGAGGAAUUUUGGGUGAUUUAACUUAUGGGGGAGUAUGUUUGGUUGUUAUCACAUGUACAUGAAUAAGAACUGGGUAAAUGUGAGUAAUGGGGGCUGAGAUCAAUUGUGAGAAAGGAGGAGGAGGUGGGAGUAGAGGUCUUUCUAUUUUAAUUUUGUUUAUGGUUUAGUUUUUCUUUUGUUUGUAUGAGAAGAGAAGGGGGUAUAGCCUUUUAAUUGUGGGGAUACUUUGGAGUGAAUUAUUCACUUGAAUAUAUGAUAAUGGUAUAUCUACUCAUUCUUUUCA